GGGGGCUGUCAGCUGCCCGCCCGGCUCCUCCAGGGCCUGGAGCUUGGACACCGGCUCUGGGGGAUUCUGGGGGCGGGGACGCGGGCUCGCGGGGAGCAGUGGCCGGCCCCGGCCGCCGCGGUGGCUGUGUUCAGAAGCCGGCCCUGGCGUCAGGAGCCCGGGCGCGCGGCGCGGUGCGCGAGUUCCCCUACCCGCCUGUGCGCCCCGUUAGGGCCUUUCCUGGGCCCUAAUGACAGCUGGCCCGUGCAUCGCCCUCGCAGCUCUCCUGUGUCCCCAAAAUGCCUUUCCCGCGCCCCCCGCCCUUCCGCGGUGACUGCCCAGGGUGCUCCGUAAUGCCACAGUCGGACUGCGGGGCCUGCCAGGCACUUCGGGGAGGGCGCUAGGGGCCGGGACGCGGCCGCCGAGCGUAGGUUCCGGCCUUUACUCUCCGCAGUUGCGCACGGAGCCCCAGCUGGGGUUGUCUGCUCUGGGGAUCGCAGGCCGCGGAGCCCUGGGCGCCACCCGCCGGCCCCUUCAGACAGCCCGCUUCCGCAGCCGGCCGUGGGACGCCGGCUCCGGGCGGACGAGGCGCCUCCGGGAAGACUCUGGCUUCCCCACCCGCCUGAGGCCGCUGGGGCGGGGCUUCAGUGACAGUCCCGCGCGCUACCGCGGAAACAGGAAGUUGGUUGGGUGCGCGCCGGCUCGGGCUGCAGGUCCCGGGUCCCUCGGCCACCGAAGCCGCCCUGCCCAGGUGAAAGGGCUCCCGCACCGCCCGGUGCUCCCCAUCUGCCUGGCGUUGUGCGCAGAGCUGGAAAGCAUGGCUGUUAUAAAUGAAUUCUGAUUUGGGGAAGCAGAUGCCAACUUAGAGCCUCAUACCAAUCUCUCUGUCUUUAAAAGACAUCAUUCUCAUGGAUUCCCAUUUGAUGAUUUCUAGAAUGUUAACGAAACUAUCAUCUUGAUGAGAAGAUCAUUCUAAUAGCUUUAUUCUGGCAUAUGGAGGUAUGGAGAGCUUGAAGAAGUUGGAAAGGUGCCCAGCUAAAACCUGAAUGCCAUCACCCUACCCAGGGCUCUGCAGUUUUCUCAUGGUGAACCUUUGAUGGAUUUGUUGUUGCUUGAGAAAUGGCUGUGAUCGAAUUGGGAUUUGGAAGACAGAGUUUUCAUCCAUUCAAGAGGAAGAGUUUAUUGCUGUUGAAACUCAUAGCUGUUGUUUUUGCUCUGCUUCUCUUUUGUGAAUUUUUAAUCUAUUACUUAGCGAUCUUUCAGUGUAAUUGGCCUGAAGUGAACACCACAGCCUAUGAUGGUGAACAGGCCACACGUGAGCCUGUGCUCAAAGCCAUGUUUUUGGCUGACACCCAUUUGCUUGGGGAAUUCCUAGGCCACUGGCUGGACAAAUUACGAAGGGAAUGGCAGAUGGAGAGAGCCUUCCAGACAGCUCUGUGGUUGCUGCAGCCAGAAGUCGUCUUCAUCCUGGGGGAUGUCUUUGAUGAAGGCAAGUGGAGCACCCCUGAGGCCUGGGCAGAUGAUGUGCAGCGAUUUCAGAAAAUGUUCAGACACCCGAGUCAUGUACAGCUGAAGGUAGUUGCUGGAAACCAUGACAUUGGCUUCCAUUAUGAGAUGAACACAUACAAAGUGGAACGCUUCGAGAAAGUGUUCAGCUCUGAAAGACUGUUUUCUUGGAAAGGCAUUAACUUCGUGAUGGUCAACAGUGUGGCGCUGAACGGGGACGGCUGUGGCAUCUGCUCUGAAGCAGAAGCAGAGCUCAUUGAAGUUUCUCACAGACUGAACUGCUCCCGCGAGCAGGCACGUGGCUCCCGCCGGUGUGGACCUGGGCCUCUGCUGCCCAUAUCUGCCCCCGUCCUCCUGCAGCAUUAUCCUCUGUAUCGGAGAAGUGAUGCUAACUGUUCUGGGGACGAUGCUGCUCCUCCGGAGGAAAGGGACAUCCCAUUUAAGGAGAACUAUGACGUGCUUUCACGGGAGGCAUCACAAAAGCUGCUGUGGUGGCUCCAGCCGCGCCUGGUUCUCAGUGGCCACACGCACAGCGCCUGCGAGGUGCACCACGGAGGCCGAGUCCCCGAGCUCAGCGUCCCAUCUUUCAGUUGGAGGAACAGAAACAACCCCAGUUUCAUCAUGGGCAGCAUCACGCCCACAGACUACGCCCUCUCCAAGUGCUACCUCCCACGUGAGGAUGUGGUUUUGGUCAUCUACUGUGGAGCGAUUAUUUCAGACCUAUGAAAACUACCCUCAGCUCUGUGGCUGCAGAUGGAAUAUGAAGUGUCAUCGCUACAACGGUUCUUACUUUCUGGAUGCUGUUUGUGUGUCAUAAUGUUUGAGGCUGUAUUUGUAAAUCUUGCGAGUGUGAGAAAGAGCCCUAUCUUUUGACUUUAUACUUCAGAUUAAGGUUUUGUAAUGUUUCUUCUUCAAAACGCACGUGAAGCUGGCACCCUUAUUCUAGGCCAGACACAAACACGGACACGCCACGUUUUGUUUUUCUCUUACUGUUGGCUUACUUGUGUGAUGUAGCCUGUGUCCAGAGUUUUGACUAAGGGAAUGAUGGACCGGUUCCCACUUAGGGAACUUGAAGUGUUUCAUUAGCAGACUAAUUAGGAAACAUAUUGUCUAGAGAGAGAGGAAAAAGUCCCUGGUACCCUGAAAAGAUUAGAUUGCAAUUUGUACCCCUGAAUUGAGUUCAGGUUUUUACAGCUCAGAGAAGAGCGAGCAGGUGGUUGCAACAGCUUGUGAUGUUGGUACGACACUGUUGGUAGAAUGUGGAUGAUUAACGUGUGUAACUUACAAUUUUUUAAAUCAGGGAGUAUUUUAUAAAGUGCCAACCUUAUGAAAUAUCCUAAAUUCUACAGCUACCAUUCAUUCCUUUUUUCAGAGUAAGCAGCAGGUAAUGUUGACAUUAAGCUCUUCAGCACAAUACAAACACAUUUCACGUACAGGUAUAGAUAGCCAUGGUAAAGGCACAAAGAUCUACAAGGAUUUUUCUUUAGUAGUUAUACAAAAGAAUAUUACAUUUUGUGGUCUGUACAGUAUAAUAAACCAGCAAUAGGGACAACAACAAAGAGAAUCUAAGAAAGAAGACUAUGCCUUAGUGAAAGUUUAGAGAAUCAUUUUUACACAAGACACAUUUUGCAGUAGUGAAUGUGGUAGGUUUUCUGCCUAAAUGUAAGAGGCUCAAAGUAGCUCUAAUUCAAAUGCCUGAGGCCAGCAGCGACUCUGAAUGUGACUGUAAAAGGGUUUUUGGUCACUCUGUCGCUUGGGGUUGACUCUAAGUCUAGGGCUAAGGCCAAUGGGAAGGGACCAUCGCUCGUCAACCUGCAGCUUCAUAAAGGGAAAAUCAGAGGGGGCCAGGGCUCAGGGCACCGCACGUGCGCUCUUGCAGUCACCCUUGACAACGUGGG